GAUCAAGAUUUUUGGUAUCUGCAUAAUCGAGUCACGCCGGCGAGCAUAGUGUUGGAACCUGCGUACAUUGACCCUGAAAUCGCUGGAUUAUCGUUAGGAAGACUCGAUUAUACAUUAUCAUACUCGAUUGACAAUAUAGAACAUGUCUGGCGACGAAACGCUGCAAAAGCACCACGAGGAGGAUUCAGAAUCGGAGGAGGAGGAGGACGAUGUUGUCGAGGCUAUCCCAAAAAUCGAGAUUGAUCCCUCGACAUUGACGCCCCUUUCACCAGAAGUAAUAUCAAAACAAGCUACGAUAAACUUGGGUACCAUCGGACAUGUCGCCCAUGGAAAGUCAACAGUCGUAAAAGCAAUUUCUGGUGUUAUGACUGUCAGAUUUAAGAAUGAACUGGUCAGAAAUAUCACCAUCAAGCUUGGCUACGCCAAUGCAAAAAUCUACAAGUGCGAGAAUGAAGCAUGUCCACGACCGGGUUGCUAUCGCUCCUAUAGAUCGGACAAGGAAGACAAUCCCCCAUGCGAGCGACCAGGGUGUGGCCAUCGGAUGAAACUGGUUCGCCAUGUAUCUUUCGUUGAUUGUCCCGGUCACGACAUUCUCAUGGCCACCAUGUUGAACGGAGCUGCCGUCAUGGAUGCUGCAUUACUGCUUAUCGCAGGAAAUGAAACAUGUCCACAGCCGCAAACAUCGGAACAUCUGGCUGCAGUAGAGAUCAUGAAGCUAGAAAACAUCAUUAUUUUGCAGAACAAAGUCGAUUUGAUCAAAGAAACUCAAGCACUUGAACAUCAGAAAAGUAUUGCUGCCUUCGUCAAGGGUACAGUGGCCGAAGCAUCCCCAAUUGUACCCAUAUCAGCUCAGCUUAAAUAUAACAUUGACGCCGUGAACGAAUAUAUCGUCAAACGCAUUCCCAUCCCUGUUCGCGACUUCACAUCCGAUCCGCGAUUAAUCGUCAUCCGAUCCUUCGAUGUCAAUAAACCAGGAGCAGAAGUAGAUGAGCUUAAAGGAGGUGUAGCAGGUGGUUCCAUUCUUACCGGAGUUCUCCGUUUGGGCCAGGAAGUUGAAAUCCGACCCGGAAUUGUCACGAAGGAUAGCGCUGGACGGAAUCGGUGCAAACCCAUCUUCAGCCGCAUCGUUACUUUACUCGCAGAAAAUAACCAGCUGCAAUUUGCUGUUCCUGGAGGUCUGAUCGGUGUGGGUACUAGAAUAGAUCCUACGUUAUGCAGAGCAGAUCGUCUUGUUGGUCAAGUCCUCGGUGCUGUUGGGAAGUUGCCUAAGAUUUACACAGAGCUUGAAAUUAGCCUGUUCUUGUUACGCCGUUUACUUGGUGUAAAGACCGAAGACAAGAAACAAACAAAGGUUUCCAAGCUCGUGAAGAACGAGCUGCUACUAAUCAACAUCGGCUCUACCUCAACCGGAGGACGUGUUUUGAGCGUGAAAGCUGAUCUGGCGAAGAUUCAAUUGACAUCGCCGGCUUGCACUGAAGUUGGUGAGAAGGUAGCCCUUUCAAGGCGUAUCGAGAAGCACUGGCGGCUUGUUGGUUGGGGAAGUGUACAGCGUGGCACUGUACUAGAGGUAGAUUAACAUCGAUAGCUCACUCUGUAUCUCCAAUUUCAACAUCGCCUGUAGCAUUAGAAGGCUCGCCACUCUAAGUGGGCUGUCUUAUUAUUUCGCGCUGAUCAACAGUGGCUAGUCUUCAAUGUAUUGAGUCAGCUUCCCGGAUCAUACAUGCAAAUAAUAUGUUGUAAGCGUCCUAUGCUC